AUGUCAUCCGUUCUUCCACAAAAGGUGCAGGACGGAUCAAAUAUGACAUCUUUCCAGAAAUCAUCAAUCCCGAAAUUAGACGUUCCAUGGAUAGAGAAAUAUCGUCCUCUCCGCCUCUCCGACAUUGUUGGGAACGAAGCCACGAUCCAACGGCUUGAAUCCUUCUCUCAUACGGGCAAUGUGCCCCACAUAAUUAUUGCUGGCCCACCCGGCUGCGGCAAGACCACCAGCAUUCUCUGUUUGGCUCGGGCUCUUCUUGGCGACGCUUACAAAGACGCCGUUCUUGAACUCAAUGCGUCCAACGAUCGUGGCAUCGACGUCGUCCGUAGUCGGAUUAAGAUGUUUGCUCAGAAGAAGGUCACACUACCCUUCGGGCGUCAAAAAUUCAUCAUUCUUGACGAAGCCGACAGCAUGACGGACGGGGCUCAGCAGGCUCUGCGUCGUACCAUGGAGAUUUAUUCAAAAACCACUCGGUUUGCGUUGGCGUGCAACGACUCUUCCAAGCUGAUUGAACCCAUCCAGUCGCGAUGUGCUGUGCUGCGCUACGCGAAGCUUACCUCGGUCCAACUGAUGGCACGACUUUUUGAGGUUGCGAAGGCAGAGGGCGUCAAUUACACGGAGGAAGGGCUAGAGGCCGUCGUCUUUACCGCUGAGGGCGACAUGCGACAGGCGCUCAACAAUCUACAAUCGACUUACCAAGGGUUCGGGAUGGUCACCAGCGAGAAUGUUUUCAAGGUAUGUGACGAACCUCAUCCGCUGCUGGUGCAGAACAUGGUUGAUCACUGCUUAAGAGGCAAAUUUUCCGACGCCCACAAUGUCCUGAAGCAUCUUUGGGAUCUGGGAUACUCCGCCGAAGAUAUUUACUCAAUGCUCUUCCGCAUUGUAAAAAACCACCAAAUGGAUGAGUAUCUGAAACUGGAGUACAUAAAGGAAGUUGGUCUUACCCAUCUCAGGAUCGCCGAGGGUCUGGGCACGCUUCUUCAACUCGGCGGUUUACUGGCCCGGCUCUGCAAAAUUACUAUUCAAACAGGAAGAUAG